CUCUCAAAUUCUUAAAAUUUAUGAUUAAAAUUAAAAUACUUAUUAGCAAACACCAUGUUAAGUGGGUUUGAAUUCUUAAGAUCGGGUAAAUGUUAGAUUAAGUUCGAGUCUUUUAACAAGCCGGAGUCUAUGUGAAGCGUAAAAGCGAAAAUAAAAUGUUAGCAAAUCGAGAUCGGAAGAAAAUUUGGUCCCUCUGAAAAUUACUUUGAGCAAAAAUCAGCGAAUAGGUGGCAGCUUAGGGUGAAAGUGCCCUCAAAUCGCCACUCUCGAGUCUCGACUCACUCACCCAGUCUUGGAUCCUGGCUUCUUCCCAAACACCCAAAUCCUGCAAAUCUGUGACUCCAUUAAUGAACACUACAAUGUCGACAAUGGCGUCGACGGCUACAAUGACGGCUGUCGCUAAAUCAGUGUUGGAUAAACCGUUACAUGAGCUUACUGAAGACGACAUCACCCAGCUUACUCGCGAAGAUUGUCGCCGUUAUCUCAAAGAUAAAGGUAUGCGAAGACCUUCUUGGAAUAAAUCUCAAGCGAUUCAACAAGUUAUUUCUCUCAAAUCUUUGCUCGAACCUUCUCCUCCUGCUAAUUCCAAUUCAAAUGCUGCUGCUCUUAAAUCUGCGCUUGUUCGUCCCCCAAAUGUUCCUUCUUAUAAUACUGUGAAUUCAAAUUCCCCGGAAUUAAGUCCUGACGCUGAUGGAUCAGUAUCGGUAUCCGCCGUUGGAGAGGAUGGAGCUCCAAAUAAUCCACCUGCUACAUCCAGUUCUGAACCUAUUGCUAUUGGAGAUGGGGAAUGUCGUACUAAUCUCAUCGACUCCAGACCAUUAUCUCUCAGGGGUACAGAUGCAUCACAAUUGUCUUUUGAUCAAAUGACAAUCUUUUACAGUGGCAAAGUCAAUGUUUAUGAUGGAAUUCCGGUUGAUAAGCAGGCACUGGCGCUAACACGUCUUGCCGCAAGCCCUAACCAGUUUUCUCAGGAUGAGCCAAAUGCUGGAAACUCUUCUUGCUGGAGCGUUCCAUGCCAAUUUCCCACAUCAAAUCUUAAAUACAAUGUGUCUACUCAAGAUGGAGCCGUUGCACAGUCCAUGUUGCAUGGGAAGAUGGCGGAACCUAUUCAGCAUUGUAAAUCAGAUGGGAGCAUUAAUUACGAACAAGAUGUUGAAGGGCAGACAAACAGACAGGUCUCACUGCAGAGGUACUUUGAGAAAAGAAAAGACAGGGGAAAAUUUAAGAUGAAGAGGAAGAUAGGAUCUUCUCCUUCUGGCUUGGAGAUGUACUUAAACCAGCAGAUGAGGACCCCAGGCAUCAAUGGACAAACUAGUCGAAAUAACUCUAUUUCCGUAAGCCAACUUGGUAUCCCCUGCCCAAGCUAUGGCGUAGUGGACAAAGAACAGAAGAAUCUUGGUCUAUCAGUUGAUCUUAAUGACAAAGCUUAGAGCCCCUGUUGUCUGCUUGACUGUUUCUCACUUGGAAGCGGAAGACUUCAGACAGCUUAAUUAUGAUUCAUGGCAUGGAAGAUGAGGUAUGUCAUCCAACUGGUGUUUCAUAGAGGAACUAUUCUUUAGUGGUACGAGUAGUUAGCCGGUCUUGUCAUUUUUGUAAAGAAAAGCACCAAAUGAUCCAACUCAAUCAAGUUCAAGUUAGUUCGAACUUCUGAUGAACUAGCCUCUCGCAGUCGCUUAGCAUUGUCAAGUCAUGAAGAUAUCAUGUAAGGACUUGUUAAUCCUUCUAAUGUCGAACUAUAUACUGAUGGUUUUCUCUCUAACCUGAAGUAUAUUUGUUUGUAAUUGUAAUAUCGUUAGGGUUUAAAUAGUCAGUAAGUUUAAGAUAACAACACCAUCCUUUUGGUCUCGAGAUUAAGGGAUCAACCGGGGAGGAGAAAUUGGCCUAAUCCUUGCAAUAUUUGUAACAUUAAUGUUGCUUUCUUUUUGUCGCGUUAAGCUUGCUCCUAGUAGACUUGCUUUUGUUUAAUGGUUCGAAUUUAAAGAAACCGAAAAUAGAAUAGCAUUUUAGGGUAGUUGUCAAGCAAGAUGUUUGUAGUUCAGCUAAAUCGAGAUUGCAAUGUUUUUCUCAA